AUGGACAAAACUUGGAUGCGUUGUGAAGAUAGAUUGAGCGAUACUUAUGUAAACGGAGUUGACAGUUUUCUGGAAUUUGCUUUUAAGCACUCAGAACUAGAAGGUGCAAUUCCUUGUCCUUGUAAGAAAUGCAACAAUGUUUUCCACUGGCCUAGAGGUGAAGUCAGGGAUCAUUUAAUAAUUAAUGGGAUAGUCAAGGGAUACACGCGGUGGCUUUAUCAUGGAGAAUUUGCACCUAAAGAGAAAAACACUAACAGUGAAGUAAGACCAGAAAAAGUAAGAAAAGAGCGAGGUGAUGAUAUAUUUGAAAUGAUUUACGAUGCUGCUGGCCCUGAAAUCAUGGAUGAUUCCAGUGGGAAGUUUCAACAUGGUGAUGCUUCAGAGCCUACUUCAAAAAUUUUCAAAUUAUUGGAGGAUGCUACACAACAACUUUAUCCUGGUUGUGAGACAUUCUCCAAGCUGUCACUGAUUGUGGAACUAUUCCAAAUCAAGUGUCUUUUUGGGAUAAGUGAUAAAGCAACUGAUAGCAUACUGAAGUUAAUUAAGCGAGCACUUCCUUCUGGUGAAACUUUACCAGAGACAUUCUAUGGAGCAAAGCAAUUGAUUAGAAAUUUAGGCCUUCGUUAUGAAAAAAUACAUGCUUGCGAGAAUGACUGCAUGUUAUUCUGGAAACAUAAUGCAAAAGCUGAAUCUUGCUCGGUUUGUGGUGAGUCUAGGUGGAAAUCAGUUGAAGGUCAAAAAACUAAUGGCGGUGCUCAAGGAAAGACCAAGAACAAAGUUCCUCGAAAAGUUUUACGUUACUUCCCCUUGAAACCAAGAUUGCAAAGGUUGUUUCUGUCAUCAGAAAUUGCUUCAGACAUGAGAUGGCAUCAUGAUCAGCGUUUGAAAGAUGGGGUUCUUAGACAUCCAGCAGACUCAGAGGCGUGGAAACAUUUCGAUUCAUCUAAUCCAGGCUUUGCUAGAGAUCCUCGUAAUGUUAGACUUGGAUUAGCAUCUGACGGGAUAAAUCCUUUUGGUAACUUAAGUGUUUUUCAUAGCACUUGGCCAGUGAUUAUUACUGUAUAUAACUUACCCCCUUGGAUGUGCAUGAAGCCACCAUAUUGCUUCUUGUCUUUGUUGAUACCUGGCCCUAAAGCUCCUGGAAAUGAUAUCGAUGUGUACUUAGAACCAUUGGUAGAAGAGUUACGAGAGUUAUGGUAUUACGGAGUCGAUACAUAUGAUGCUUCGAGAAGAGAGAAUUUUUGUAUGCGGGCAGCACUCUUAUGGACUAUAAAUGAUUUUCCAGCUUAUGCCUACUUGUCUGGAUGGAGUACGAAGGGAGCUUUGGCUUGUCCUUCAUGCAACAAAGAGACUCCUUUUACUCGAUUAAAGUAUGGUCGUAAGUUUUCUUACAUGUGUGCUCGUAGGUUUCUAUCAUCUAAUCAUAAAUGGCGGCGGAAUAAACGUGAUUUUAAUGGAGAAGUAGAAAAACGAUCUGCUCCUAAAGCUCUCUCUGGAGAUGAUGUUUUAAACCAGUUGUCCAGUUUGGAAGACGUGAAAUUUGGUAAGACCAAAAAAAAAACAAAAAUACGAAAAAAGUAA